AUGAGAGCAUAUGGAAAGAGGGGCCCAGUUUUCAGGUCCUCUUUCAUGUCCAACAGAAGAUCGUCAUCAUCUUUCAGUGUAGAAUUUAGUGAUGACGAUGUAAAUUCUAUUAUUCCAGAUAUAAGUUGUACCAUUUCGAGCAGCAUUUCCGAUAAUCCGAUAGAAGAGUUAAUGGACGAACAGGCGAUUGCUGGGGAUGACGCACCUUCACUCGAUAGUAUCAAUGGGGAAGUGUUAUCACCACCAAAUUUAAAGGAGAAGAACUCAAAUGUUAGACUUAUAAAUAGUGGUGAUACAUCUGAAGCGUUUAUGAGAAAAGAAAAAUUGAGUGCUUUUGAUUUUCUCGAUGGUUCCAAGACAUCUAAAAGAAAAAGAAGAAGGACAUAUCAAAGACAUGACAUAAACGUAUCAUCUUCGAUCGAAUCAAACAUACAAGAUGAAGACAAUAUUUUGUUACAGAAUGAAUCUGAAACAAUAAAGCAGAUAUACAAUGAUAUCAACGAAUUCAUAUUGAACCUACCAAAGGCUGACGAAGAUGUGUUGAACAAAAUGUUCGAAAAUGAAGUGAAGAAAGAUAACGACGAAGAAGACGACAAUACACGCACAUCUAAAGACAAAAAGUAUGGGAAAUUCAGAACAAUACUAUUAAACAAGAAUAAAGCAGAAGAAAUAGUGGAGGAAGAAGAAGAACAAGGAAUUAACGCGGUAUCCAUAAGUAACGCUCAUAGUGGUAACGCUGAAAAAGAAGGAUUAACUUCAACAAACCACUACAAUGAAUUGAAAAAUAUGGGAGACACAAUAAAAUAUCAAGACGAUAUUGAGUUCUUUCUAUCAAAUCAUAAGAAUAAUCACAAUGAUAAAUUUCUAAUAAAUGACCACUUUAAGAAACUUUUGAAUCUAUCUUUAAUGAUCAUCAACGAUGGGGGAUUCUUCCAGUAUUCAAAAAGAUACUUCAAAAAGGAAAUAAUUAGUCUUACUUUUGUUCAGAUUCAAUCAGAUUUUCCUGAAUUGAUGUUAUUGCAGGGUUAUUUGCUAUAUAAACUUAGUGAAUCUGAAUGCGAUUUCCCACCAAACUUUGAGAGUUUUUCUAUUGAGUUAAGUCGAAAUGAAAGUAAAGUAUGGAAAAGAAAUAAGAACAUCAAUAAACUCUCAUACCUGAACUUUGAAUACUUUCUUCAAAAGACCCAGUUCCGAACAGGACUUUACUAUUCGUUAUCACUCUGGGAAAUGCAUAGAAAACUAUCGAUGGAUAUAACUAGAAGAAUAUCCAUUCUUGCUUCAAAUAAGGACUUAUUUAGUCAACAUGUGAUAGCUUUUAUUCACCUGUUAGAAAAAAUGAUAACAGAUUUCAAUUUUGGCCACACAUAUUUUAAACAUCCUGAUAUGCUUGAUGGAAUGAUUAGAAAUUUGAAUAACCAGUUCAAGGAUAUGGUAGGUAACAACUCAUUAGUCAAGAUUCUAAUCUUGCUAACAAAUAUGGAAGGGCAUGAUUAUUCACUAUGGAAAGAUGUAAAUAUGAUAUUCAAAGAUUCGAUGAACACAAUUUUAAAGAGUAUAUAUCCUUUGAUUAAUGCGAAAGUGGAUAACGUUCUCUUGCAUUUAGGACUCUGUCUCAACAUUUGCGGUAGAGAAGAUCGUGGUUUGAAGGUUGAUGACGAAGUAUGGCAUAAUAUGAAAGCCGUAUUUCUUAAAAUGAUCCGUAAAAGUUCUGAAGUUGAAAAUAGACUGACCCAGGGUUUAUUCUAUUUAAAUUUUGCAUUUGUAGUUAACCAACGAAGAGAGCACAUUUGUUUAAAUCCAAAAGACCUCAACACAUUACUAGUAGAAUUAGAAGUAUUCAAAUCAGAAACCUCGCAAUUCAAUGAAGGAAUUUCAAACAAAAUCGAAAUUGCAUUAUGUUACUUAAAAUCAAUCUAUAAAAAAGAAAACGGCACCUCUUAA